AUGAUGAAUGUAAUUAAUAACCACAUCAUAAAAUACAAUUAUCUACACAAGUUAAGAAAAGCAUUUUUUUAUAGUCGAGUGGUUAUAAAUAAUUUUGAGAUAAAAAAUAAUGAAAAUUUGUUAUUAAAUAAUGUUCAGAUAAUAAAAGAUGAACAAUUAUUGUUGAAUAAUUGUAUAAACUUUUUAUCAAAUUUUGAAAAAUUCGCUAUCAUAUGUUGUGCCUGUACUGAUCCUAAGAAUAAAGUUCAAUUGAAGAAAUCCAUAUGGUUUUCAAGCAUAGGACUUGAACUUAAUGAUUUCUUGAAUUAUUUAAAUAAAGACAACCAGGAACUAAAAAAUGAAAAAAUCAAAAUUUUUGAAGAAAUUAUAAAAUUAGAGUGUCCAGUCAUACUCAAGGAUAAAAACACUGUUUUAAUCGAAACUUCCAUUUCUCCAAAAAAAAUCGUUAAUUCUUCAAAACGAAUGAGACACUUUUUUAAUAUAUCAGAAAUUAUUACGUGUAGAUCGUGUUAUCAAAAAAAUAAGUGCAAACGUUUUCUACAAAAAUAUGCUGGUGAGCCUGAUUUCUCAGACUUCACAAGAUUAAUGAUUGGAUUUUACAACAUGUGUAAGGUUUAUACAAAGAGGAAGGAAAGUGACAGAAAAGAAUUAAGAAACACAAUUGAGAAGGUGAAUUAUUUUCACUUUGCUCUAAUGUAUAUGUAUAAUUAUUUACUUAAACAUAAACAUUUUAACUAUACAAAUGUUGAGGAAGGAAAUAAAAAGUCCAUUUUAAAACUGUUGAAAGAAAAAAGAAGACAAACAAGUUUAAUAAAAACAAAAGGAGAACAAGAAAAAGUUUUAAAUAUUCCAAAGGAGUACUCAGAUUUAAUUAUACCUACGAAUAAAGCUAAUAUGAAAAGAAAACAGAAAAAUGUUUUUGAAAAAAUUCAAAAAUAUAGAAAAAAAUCGGAUAUAUCUGAGGAUCAGGAGAAAUUCAUUUGGGUAGAGGAAGAUGACGAGGGAGACAAAGAAACCAACAUAAAUUGCAAUAAAAUAGAGGAUCCAUCAUAUAAUAUAAAUAACAAUGUUUUAAAUAAUAAUAAUGAGUGUCAUAAUCUUAUAGAAAUAAAUAAUUCAGCAGAUGAACUUCCUGCAUUUCGGUUUCAAUAUGUAUCGAAAAAGGAAGAUAACAAUAUUAUGAAUUAUAAUACAAUAUACAACAAAUAUACAAAGAUGAUGGAGAAAAAAGUAUAUGUAAAUUUGGAUGACCAACAAAUCGAUGAGGAUAUUAUAAAAACAGAAAAUAUGCUUUUUAAAAUCCCAGAGGCAAUUGGGGGUUAUACAUUUAUAAAUUAUAUUGAGAAUAUGCCAAAUAAUUAUAUAUUCCCUAUAAACAAAAAUCUGUAUGAAGGUAUACAUGUUUACAAGAAGGAAGAAAUAAAUAUAUCCCACUUAUGGAAGAAUCUACAUAAAGAAUAUUUGAAAAUUCGUAAAGUGAAUUUUUUUAACACCUUUAAUAUAAAAAAUAGUUUAAAUCUGUUGAGGCAUAAUAAAAAUAGAAAUACUCAUGAUAAACAAAACGAGGAAAAGAACGACGAUAUUAUUGAGCUCAAAGAUGAUUUAACCAGCUUUGAAGAAUAUAUAUGCAACCAAAAGAAAGAAAAAAACAAACAAAGUAAAAAGGAUAAGUAUAAGAAAUUAAAAGAAUAUGUUUCAACAUAUAAUUCUUGUGAUGAUAAAAUAAAAGACGAUGAAGAUGAAAGAUUUGAGUAUUUUAAGAAACUAAAAAAUCAGAAUGAACGUUGUGAAGAAAAUAUAGAAUUAAAGGAUCAAAUUAAUAGUGUUUAUAAUAAUAUGGAUAUUGAAGAUGAAGAAGGUCGUUUUUAUAAGCACACAUAUAACAUAAGAAGAAAAUUAAACGAUGAACAAAAAGAUGCUAAAGGGGUUACUGUAGCUGACAUCCAAGAGGAAAAAAAAAGUCUUAUUGAAAAUCAUAAAAAGGAAUUAAGGGAACGUUCUUAUUAUAUUUGUAAAAACAUAAAAUUUCCAGAGUUAACAAAAAAUGAAGGAGCUAAUAAAAUAAAAAACAGAAAUAAAAUUUUGAAGGAUGAACUUGAAAAAUAUAUAAAACCAACCGAGAGGGACAAGAAGACAAAUAUAUCGUAUGGAUUAAAAGAAGACACUAUAAAGGCUCAUUCAUUACAUAAGGGAGCUGAUAGCUUAAAACAUUUUAUAAAAAAGGAAAAGAAAAAAUCUUACAAAAAAAAUGAAAAAAUGAGUGAAGAAAAUAUUUGA